AUGGAAGAAUUAUUAAUGUUCUCCGCUUAAAACAAACUAACAUUUGCUUAUAAUAGGAAUACUUUGCAAAUUUAGACUGAAUUAAAAAUUAAAAAUAUCUCAUAGAAUAUACUUGAAAUUCAAAUAGAAUUGUCAAAUCCUCAAAAUUACAAAAUAAAGCCUAACAAUUUUUACAUCUAAAAACACGAAACAAAGGUUGUAGAGAUAAUUCAAAUAAACUAUGUAGAUUUAAAUAUAAUUAUAUAGGUUCCUAUGAGAUUAGAUGAAAGAGCAAAAAUAAUGUAUAGAACCAUUUAAGAGAAUUCUACAACUUCAAGAAAAAAUACAUAGACAGUAUAUCAUUUUUACAAAUACUUUUUCUUUGAGUUAUCAUGUCAUAAAAAGUGCUCUUUAAUUGAAGAUAAUAGCAACUUUACAUAAGUGAGAUAACCAGAAUAAAGAUAAUAUUAAAGUGGUAUUGAAGUGAAAGAUUCUCUAAACUAUUGGUAACUUGUCACCCUAACAGUGUCUAUUAUUGUAAUAAUAUUUGCAGUUUUUAAUUGGAUAUAUAUUAAAAUUAUAAAGAAUGAUUAAUGA